AUGUCUUAUUUUAUUUUAACUGCGGCUAACACUUCAAAUGAGCUUGCAAAAGUUACAACACUUUUCUUAUCUGCAGUUAAAAAACAGCCAAAAUUGAUGAAAUCCUUUCAUAUAGAAUAUGAUGUAUAUCUUUAUAACAAAUUCAGAACUGAAGUGAUUAUAAUUAUAAAGGAAUAUAUUACAACCACACAGAAGAUAAUCCCACCUGAAGAAGAUGAACCAUCUAUAGUAAAUUUAAAUUGUGAAGAUCUUGAAAAAAAUAAGGCAUAUACUUGA